AUGGACAGCGGUCGAAUAGAAGACCUCCUGCAACAGUACGUAACACACAUGGAGAAUUUACAAGCCGAACUACGUACAAAACGAGAACAGGAAGAAAAAAUGGAAGUAAAACAGCAUAAGGCUGGUAUUACUAGCAGACCAGUACCAACAGAGACACCAAGAAUUGCCGUGCGGCUUCCGCCGUUCUGGGCCGACCGACGAGCAGUUUGGUUCGCUCAAGCCGAAGCACAGUUCACUUUGGCCGGUAUCAGUAGCGAGCAGACGAAGUUCUGCUACGUAAUCUCGCAGUUGGACCAACGUUAUGCAUCGGAAGUAGAGGACAUUAUCACCUCUCCACCCGAACGAGGCCCCUACACCCUACUGAGAACCGAGCUUGUGAGGCGGCUAUCCCCAUCACCAGAGCAGCGCAUCCGGCAACUCCUCGCAGUCGAGGAAAUUGGCGACCGUAAGCCGUCCCAGUUCCUGAGGCACCUCAAAAGCCUCGCACCAGAUGUGUCUGAUAACGUCAUCCGAAGCGUCUGGACCAGCCGGCUACCCCGCAACGUGCAGAGCUUCCUCGCCGGCCAGAACGAGAGCAACUUGGUGGCCGCAGCCCUCUGUGCAGACCGCAUCUCUGAGGUCGAAGUCCGGCCAGCGCUCGCUAGCGUCGUUGGACCCACGGACAUCGGCGCACUUCGGCAGGAGAUCGCUGAUCUCUCCCGCCAAGUGGCUGCAUUGAGCACCGGACAGGAUCGCCUCCACGCCCGCUUCAAAAAUCUCGAAACCAAACCGAGAGACCGAGGCUCCAGCCCCCAAGGUUCCCGCCCAGAGGUCCGCCCCCGCUUCAGGGAGUCCGACAACAAACCGAGGAACAGAUCCCCCUCCCGGGGCGACACGGGUUCGGACCUCUGUGUAUACCCCAACAACCGCCGGCCCGGCAGCAGAUCCCCCUCCCGGGGCGACGCCACAUCCAGUAUCUGCUGGUACCACCGCCGCUUCGGCGCUCUGGCACACAACUGUACUCCGCCCUGCUCCUACCGCCAGCACGGAAACUGA